AUGGCAGCAGGUACGAAGGGCGACGGGCCGGCGAUCGGCAUCGACCUCGGGACGACCUACUCCUGCGUGGCCGUGUGGCGGCCGGUGCACCAACGCGUGGAGGUCAUCGCCAACGACCAGGGCAACCUCACCACGCCUUCCUGCGUCGCCUUCACCGACACCUGGCGUCUCAUCGGCGACGCGGCCACGAACCAGGCCGCCAUGAACCACGCCAACACGGUCUUCGAUGCGAAACGUCUGAUCGGUCGACGAUUCAGCGAAGAGUCGGUACAAGGAGAUAUGAAGUUGUGGCCUUUCAAAGUCAUUUCAGGUCCUAGUAAUCGGCCGAUGACCCUGGUGAAGUACAGGGGCGAGGAGAAGCAGUUCGCAGCUGAAGAGAUCUCCUCCAUGGUGCUUGUCAAGAUGAAGGAGACAGCUGAGGCCUACCUCGGCACCACGGUGAAGGAUGCUGUCAUAACUGUGCCAGUCUACUUCAACGACUCGCAGCGCCAGUCCACCCUUGAUGCUGGUGCCAUUGCUGGCCUCAACGUCACGCGCAUUAUCAACGAGCCAUCCGCUGCAGCCAUCGCCUAUGGUCUCGACAAUGCGUCCGUCAACGGUGGAGCUAAGACGGUGCUGAUAUUUGAUUAUGGUGGUGGCACCUUGGAUAUCUCUAUCAUCAACAUUGACAAUGGCACCUUUAAUGUUAAGGCCACGUCUGGUGACACCCACCUUGGACUUGGAGGGGAGGAUCUCAACAACCGGAUGGUGGAGCAUUUCGUGCAGGAUUUCUUGAAGAAACACAAAAGUGACCUCAGAAGCAACCCGAAGGCGCUGAUGAAGCUUAGAGCGGCCUGCGAGAGGGCCAAAAGGAUGUUGUCUUACACGUCGCAGGUCAAGAUCGAGAUCGAGUCCCUCCACGACGGCAUUGACUUCUAUGGGACCAUCACCCGCGCCCGGUUCGAGGAGCUCAACAUGGACCUCUUCAGCAAGUGCAUUAUGCAUGUGGAGAAGUGCCUCGGUGACGCCAAGAUGGACAAGUCACGGAUUCAGGAGGUCGUGCUCGUCGGGGGCUCCACCAAGAUCCCUAAGGUACAGCAGCUGCUCCAGGAAUUCUUCAACGGGAAGCAACUCUGCAAGGGCAUCAAUCCGGACGAGGCUGUCGCCUAUGGCGCUGCUGUCCAGGCCGCCAUCCUCAACGGCGAGUACAACAAGAAGAUGCAGAACUUUCUCCUGGUUGACGUCACGCCGUUGUCGCUCGGGAUAGAGACAAGAGGUAGUGACAUGUCUGUGGUGAUACCCAGGAACACUACCAUCCCCGUUAAGAUGGAGAGCGGCUACACGACCAGCGUUGACAACCGAACCGUCGUGCUCUUCGAGGUAUACGAGGGUGAAGCGGGCUUGACCAAGGACAGCUAUCUGCUUGGCAUGUUUGAGCUCACUGGCAUCACUCCAGCGCCUCAGGGCGUGCCAUCAUUCAAUGUAACAUUUGAAAUCAAAGCAAAUGGCAUCCUGAACGUGGUGGCGGAGGACAGGGCGACCGGAAACAGGAACAGCAUCACCAUCACCAGCGACAAGGGUGGGCUGACCAAGGAGGAGAUCGAUCGGAUGGUGCGUGAUGCCAACAAGUACAAGUCCGAGGACAAGAAGCAGAUGGCGAAAGUGAAGAAGGAUCAUUGA